AUGAAAAAGUUAAAUUGUCCUGUUCAAAAUUAUGCUUGGGGAAGACUUGGAGAUAAAAGUAUUGUUAGUACAUUAAAAUCAACAACUACUUCUAAUCUUGAUUUAUCUUUACCAUAUGCUGAACUUUGGAUGGGUACUCAUAAGAAUGGUCCUGCUAAAUUGUUAGAUGAUGACACCUACUUAUCGGACUACUUAAAAAAAAAUCCUAAUCUUUUGGAAUCCCAUGAAAAUGGAGAUAUUCAAUUUUUAUUAAAAGUUUUGUCAGUUAACAAAGCUCUUUCCAUUCAAUGUCAUCCAACUAAAGAACAAGCAGAAAUUUUAAGAAUGAAAGAUCCUAAAAAUUAUCCAGAUAACAACCAUAAACCGGAAAUGGCAAUUGCAUUAAGUAAUUUUGAAUUGUUAUGUGGUUUUAGAGUUGCUAAGGAGAUUUUAGAAAAUUUAUCUAUUGUUCCGGAGUUGAAAGAUAAAUUAAACAAAAAAGACAUAGAAGAUUUAGAAAGUGAUAAUGCUCAAAUAAAUAAAAAGGCAUUAAAAAAUUUAUUUAUAAUGGUUAUGGAAGGAGAUAAUUUAUUUAAUCAGACAAUAAUUAACAAUUCAAUUGAAAGAAUAAGAAAAAAAACUCAUCCAACAGAUGUGGAAAAGUUAUUUGUAAGAUUAGAUAAAGAAUAUCCUGGUGGUGAUGUUGGUGUUUUAGUAUCACUUUUUCUUAAUUAUUAUACUUUAUCUCCUGGUCAAAGUGUUUUUCUUGGACCAAAUAUUCCUCAUGCUUACCUUUCUGGUGAGUGUGUUGAAUGUAUGGCUUGUUCUGACAACACUAUACGUGCUGGAUUAACACCAAAAUUUAAAGAUGUCAAAACAUUAGGUGAAAAUUUGAUUUAUGAAAUGUCACCUCCAAAGUAUUUUAUACGUGAUGAAAAGAAAAAAGAUGAAGGUAUAAUAAGAUAUGCUCCAGAUGUUGAGGAAUUUUCAAUUGAUUUUUUGACAAACAAAGUUAAAAUACUUGAAAAUGUUAAGGCAAGUUCUAUCUUAAUUGUCAUCAAAGGAUCAGCAGAAAUUGGUGGCAAAAAUAAUUUAAAAAUUAGAAGUGGUGAUAUAAUUUUUGUUCCCGCAUCUCAAGAAAAUACACCAUUUUCAAAUGUAUCUUCAGAUUUUGAAGCAUACCGUGCUUACACUCCAAAAAGAUAA